CUCUAUGGGGAGCAGAAGGUGGGAGUUCUGGCCUCUGUAGCACAGCAGGCUAAGCGCACAUGGUAUGAAGCACAAGAACUGGCAUGAGGAUCCUGGUUUGAGCCCCCAGCUCCCCACCUGCAAGGGGGUCGCUCUGGAGAGAUAAUAAAAAGGCCAUUUUAACUUGAAGUUUGCAGUAUGGAUAGUGCCAAAGAGAAGAAUGACCUCUGCAAAGAUGACCUUCUGCUUAGGGUGGGACUUAAUGAUAACAAGGCUGGAAUGGAAGGAUUGGAUAAAGAGAAAAUUAACAAAAUCAUAUUGCAAGCCACAAAGGGAUCCAGAUUUUAUGGGAAUGAACUUAGGAAAGAAAAACAAGUCAAUCAACGAAUUGAAACCAUGAUGCGACAGAAGGCUCACAUCACCAGUCAGCAACUAAGGAACGCACAGUCACAGGUGAACCGAGUCGCGAUGGAGUUAGAGCAGAGUCGUGACCUGAGCAACACCAUCGUGCACGUCGACAUGGACGCUUUCUAUGCGGCGGUGGAAAUGAGGGACAACCCGGAGCUGAAGGACAGGCCUAUCGCCGUGGGGUCCAUGAGCAUGUUGUCUACUUCCAAUUACCACGCCAGGAGGUUCGGUGUUCGUGCAGCCAUGCCAGGAUUCAUUGCCAAAAGGCUCUGCCCACAUCUUAUUAUAGUACCCCCCAACUUUGACAAAUAUCGAGCUGUGAGUAGUGAGGUUAAGGAAAUACUUGCUGAGUAUGAUCCCGAUUUUAUGGCUGUGAGUCUUGAUGAAGCCUACUUGAACAUAACAAAGCACUUACAGGAAAGACAAACUUGGCCAGAGGACAAAAGAAAGUAUUUCCUUAAAACAGAGAACUUUCUAGAAAACGAGAAACCAGGAGCAGAUGUCAACAACCAGGAACAGUGGAGUGCCCUGCAGCGAGCCGUCUCUCCACUGCUGUUUGAAGAUAGCCCUCCUGAUUGGCAGCCCUCAGGAAACUCUACCCAAGUGAACUGCGAAGGACAAAAUAACAGUCCACUACUCCCAAAUACUGUUGUUUUUGGAACAUCAGCGGAGGAAGUGGUAAAGGAAAUUCGUUUUAGAAUCGAGCAAAAAACAACACUGACAGCUAGUGCAGGCAUCGCCCCAAACACAAUGUUAGCAAAGAUCUGCAGUGAUAAGAAGAAGCCUAACGGACAGCACCAGAUCCUCCCGGAUAGACAGGCUGUGAUGGACUUCAUCAAAGACUUACCCAUUAGAAAGGUUUCGGGAAUAGGGAAAGUCACAGAGAAAAUGCUUGGGGCCCUGGGGAUUGUUACUUGUACAGAACUCUACCAACAGAGGGCAUUACUUUCUCUCCUUUUCUCCGAAACAUCUUGGCAUUAUUUCCUUCAUGUCUCCCUGGGCCUAGGCUCAACACACCUGACAAGGGAUGGAGAGAGAAGAAGCAUGAGUGUGGAGAGAACAUUCAGUGAGAUAAAUAAAGCAGAAGAACAGUACAGGUUGUGCCAAGAACUUUGCACUGAGCUUGCUGAAGACAUGCAGAAAGAAGGACUUAAGGGCAGAACUGUGACCGUUAAGUUGAAGAACGUGAACUUCGAGGUCAAAACUCGUGCGUCUACCGUCUCGUCUGUUGUUUCUACUGCGGAAGCAAUAUUUGCUGUUGCCAGAGAAUUGCUAAGAACCGAAAUUGAUGCUGCUUUCCCACACCCCUUGAGGCUAAGACUUAUGGGUGUGCGGCUGUCUGGUUUCUCCAGUGAAGAUGACAAGAAACACCACCAAAGGAGCAUCAUAGGCUUCCUACAGGCUGGAGACCCAAACACAGGCUCUGUGCCGGAGAAAACUGACAAAGAUCGGCUUCUGAAGCCCCUGGAAACGUCUCAGAAGAAAAGUUUCUUUGAUAAAAAACGAUCAGAAAGAAAAUGGACACAUGAAGACACAUUUAAAUGUGACACAUCAGAUAAACAAAGCCUACCGAUAUCACAUCCAUGCCAAGUUCUGAAGAAGAGAAUGCGGGAGAAUUCAGAAACACCUGAGGAUUCAGAUGACCGUCAGAUCUUCACCUGUCCUGUUUGCUUUAAGAAGCAGGGACACAUCAGUCUGGGAGCCUUUAAUAAACACAUAGACGCAUGUCUUGAUGGACCCUCCACCAGUGAAAAUUCCAGAAUGUUCUCAUAUUCACACACUUCCUGUGUGGAAGUCGGCAACAGAGAACAGCGUUCUUUUUCACUCUGUGAGAACCACAAUCACGAAGCCAGUCGGGAAAAUACAGAAAUCAAUUCAGUAGAUUGUGACGAUUUGGUAGAAAUUACAAGCCACCCAUCUGAAACAGGUUUGCACAAUUUAAAUAAUGAACGGAACACAGAGGAGUGUUCUGAUCUCGCAAGAAAAUCACUUAACACUGAGCACCAUCACCCGCUUUCUGCUUGUACUAUUUCACUGGGAAGCCAAGGUGUUGGGCCACUGAGUGAGCAACAACCCCUUCAGCCUCACUUAAACGAAAUAACAAAGCAAGCACUCGUGUGUCCCGUUUGUAAUCUAGAGCAAACAUCGUCAGACCUUACCCUGUUCAAUGGGCAUGUGGAUGUUUGCUUAAAUAAAGGCUUCAUCCAGGAACUCAGAAAAGAGGAAGUUAGCCUGGCUAAGCAACCCAAAGACGGCACCAAACGUACUGGUAAUUCAGACAGAACACACAAGACUGUCACAAAAACAAAAAGGCCAGGACUAAUGGCAAAGAAUUCAGCAUCAAAGAAAAUGCAAGAAAACCAUCCAAGAAACACCCUUGAUGUAUUUUUUAAAUGAACAUUGCCACACAUUUUAUGAUGCUUUUUUUAACUGAAACUUCAUUUUAUAAUGAAUGAAUUGUUUGUUUCUCAGUGAAAAUAUACAGAUCUUGUUAGUAAAAGUCUGGCACAGCA